UUGGCCAAGGAAAGGGAAGAGCAACUGACGGAAACCAGCGAUUUCUGCGAAUCUGCGGUCCCGUUCGUUGUUGGCCGCCGUUGUCAGCUGCAGCGGGAAAGCCGUCAGCGCUUGCAGUUGGAAUAAGUUGGCAUGCAGCGUUUAUUCAAGACACUCAGCGCCAUCAAUGGCACUGCGCGCAGUUCAUUUUUCGCGCUGGACCGCAGCUUCGUCGACCGGUUCGCGCAGUAGCCCGCGUCGGCGUUAUCUAUGCUAAGCCUACUUAACCUACUGCAGCCGCUCUCAGCUGCUCGCACUACUGCCUGCCGGCGAGCCGGCGUACCAGCGUGACCAGCACCAGGGAUUGCGCCAACUCUGGCUUCGACCUUGAAGUCUUUUUCUGUCGCACCUGCGCUGUCGCCAAGCGGGGAGAUGCGGCUCGCUUGAGCACCUUUUGUUUGCAACCUGUGUGUUGUGUGCCCCGCUUAACCCCUGCCUGCCUUGCCAUGGACCGAGCCAGCCGGGCCAUUCGGCGGAGUGGUGCCCGGCUCAAGGCACUGAACGGGGGUCACGCUGACCUCAACCUGGUCAUAUCGGAGCUCCGGGACAUACGGCUCGCCAUGAAGUCUUUCCUUACGGCACAGAAUGCUGUGGCCCAGGACAUGGUGUUGUGGGCACAGGCUGACGAGAAUAGGAUAAUUCAGGAUGUGAUGGCACAGUUGGCAGAACUGAAUGCUCUCUGGACAGACAUCCAGAAAGAUUUCGUGGAGCACCUAAAGACGUUUCGGCACCAGUUUGAACUGAUCCUGGAAGGGGAGCGGCAGGUGGAUCACUCCCGCAGUGCCCUGGCUGCUUGUGAGCAGAAGGAGCUGCGCAUCAAGAAGGAACUCAAGCGGGCUGCCAAGAAAGCCACCGUGGAGGAGAUAAGCAAUCUGGAGCUGAAGCUGGCCCAGGCUGAGCGGGCUAAGGACCUGGCCCAGUUUGAGAGUGAGUGGCACUGUUUGCAGAAAGUUCAGGAGCACGAAGCGGUCAAGCUUAUCCGGCUGAAGCAGGGUCUGCUACAGCUGAGCGAUGCCUACCUUGCCCUGGCCAACAAGGGAGCUUUGCUGUUUGAGGCCCAGCGUGAGAUUGCUGCCCAUAUGCCUGAUGUACCACCCCAUUCGGUCCUGCACGACUUCAAGUACACUGGUUCGGGGGCCAUGAAGCAAGCCGUGCAACGGGCCAAGGACCGCGUGGAGCAGUACCACUGUUAUCAGUACCGCCUCAUCCCUCACUGCCCCUCUGUCGAAGAGCCGCCACCUCCGUACACGCCGGGGUAUUAUGACCCGACCACAGGGCUUCCAUACCAGGCAGCGCCUGGUGGCGGCGACUGCUGGGCCGGCUCGUCGGUGCGGCAAAGGGUCACGCCAUCGUGUCCCUCCGGGCCGCCCCUCAUGCGUGGUGUCCGCAGCCCGCCACCGCCGGUGCCGCAGUCUACACCGUCACCGCGACCGCACUUGCCUCCUGGUGUGGAGCGAGGGGCGUCGCUGUGGCCCUCGCCUCCAUGGGGGGCGUCGCUGUGGCCCUCGCCUCCAUGGGGGGCGUCGCCCGAGGACGAGGAGCGCCUCGCUGGAGCCAUGGGUGCAGCGAGGAUCGGAUGACGCUCCUCAUAGUUCACUACUGCUCAACUGGGAGAGCUUUUGACAGCCCCACAACUGACCGCUGUGCUCCUGGCGUCUGGUCGGCACGAAUGGCGCGUUUGUCAGAGGCUAUGCGAGUUGUGGGUUGCUUAGCCUGUCCACACGCUCAGUCUGCGCAAUUGGUGCACACCUCUGUAAAUGGAAUGUUGUUUCUAGUGACCAAAGCCUAAUCUGCCGUGAGGCCAAGCCAACUGUUUCACACACAGGAUUAUUGGAGUGCUGUGAGCAAACUGCCUUCGCUAGGGCAACUUUGUGGUGUGAUCUGUAACAGGCAGGGCAGCGAACGAACCUGCCCAAGAAGCAUAGCAUGCUUGAUGUUGUUGCUUUGUUUUUUUUUUGUACCGAGAUUUUCGUACCGAGAUUUUUGUUGGCACUUAAUUGGAACUACCUUAAUGCAAUCAACAAUGUGGCACUGUCAAAUCUUGAGUUGGUCGCACCUCUUGCUUUGACGAGAAAGGCAAACAUUGCUAUGCUUGGGGUAUGGGGAAAUAACACACAUGCCUGCUGGUGGAAACAGUAUGGAAUGAAUCACUAACUUGCACUCUUGCAGGUUCGUUAAGAUGUUGCAGCCUUUAACAUUAGCUUGAUCCUAACUUUCUGCAUGAUUGAUGACUGAACACUAGUUUAUUUGCAUGUGUGUGUCCAAGCGGUCGGAGAGCUCUCUACAAUGGAUAAUUGCGAGCUAUUUUGAAUGGUGAUUAAAGGUAACUGCAUACUUUACAAGUGGUCACGUUAUGUGCAGAAAGUACUGUCAGACGAGCGGCUUGUCAUGGGUCUAUGAAAAGUAGUCGCAAAUCCAGUUGUUGACUUUUAUAAAUGUAUGGUUGUUGUUGUUGUUGGAGUCGGUGGUUGCAUGGUCUUUCUUUUAAUCUGAGUAUCUGUCUUGUCUCGUGUAGCUUUGAAUGUGCGUGCGGUUGCACAGGCUGGCCUGUGCUGCGUGACAAGACGAGCUCCCUUGUGUGCAUUCAUUCCCAUUGUCUUCCCUUGGUCGGUGUUUCAUAAGUUGAAAGAAACGGAGAACGCCUGGUCGCAAAUUCCUCCCGAGGUGCAUUUGAGCGGGUUAACUCUUGUUUGCACCCUUUUCAUCGAGCUCCUUUCCUGCCCCCUCUUCGUGUCGCUAUCGUCGGGUGCUGCUUUUGCAGACUUUUCCAUAAUUGUGGUGCAAGUGCUGCUCAUUGAUUCAUUCACCGCUGUUGAUGCACACACCUGCCAUGGCAACCAUAUCAUGAUUCCGUCACCAUGCUGGACAAUUGUAGGCCCACACUGUUUGCUUGAUCGACUGGAAAAUUGUGAUGUUUACAGCGACAAUGCAAGUGUCUUCCUUACCACUUUCUUUCUCUGAGCUAACAUCGGCACUUGCGAUCAAGAGUUUUUUUUUGGCAGACAUCUUUUUUUAUAGACGCUGUUUUUUAGACUGGCGAAAGUGCCAUGCAGUUUUUUCUCAGACACACAGCAGCUCGCAAUGGUAUCCACUCGGUGCGUGAUUUUCUGUAGCGCUGACAUUGCUGACUUGCAAGCGAUUGUGAGUGCUGUGGUGGAGCUCCUUUACGCUUUAGUUGUUGUAUCUUGUUUUGUAGGCUUAGGCUGUAUACCCAAUGAUAUUCAUUUACAAAGCUCUUGAUCCUGGCUAGAAGAAAUUGCAUGUUCAUUUGUUCUGAGCAGUUGUUUUGGGUGUGAUGCCGGCAGAUCUGAAUAAUAAACUAGUACUACGUUUGUUUUGUA